UUCGUAAACAAUGUCACGGCUUAAAAACUUUCUAAAAGAAAUAAAUGUAUUUGAGUUUGAUUGUUGAUAUCAGUUUUAUAACUUAUCUUUUUUAGAGGCACUUGUGAGUGGUUGAUUUAAAGUAAAAUUAUUAUCUAACUCAAUAGUGCUGCAAACAUUUUAAAUUAAUCUCUCAUCUAGUAGUCAACUACUACUCAGUAUUGUUGAGGAAAUAGUUCGUGUCACAUAACGUUACGAAAUAAAGUAGAACCAGUUUUUGCAAACUCGCCAACGGGCUUAAAGAUGCUUCGAGGAUUGAGAAUACUUGGACCUAGGGGUUCAAUUUUAGAGCCAUAUGUUAGUUCCUUACGAGUGUCAUGUAACUAUACCUCAACCCAACCAUCAGUUAAUUUGCAAAACUUACCACAACUUCCUGUACCAAAACUGAAUGACACUUUAAAAAAGUAUUUAAAAAGUGUUCAGCCAUUUUUAAAUGAGGAAGAGUUUGCUAAGACAUCGUCACUCCUCAAAGAAUUUGAAGCUGGAAUUGGAAAACAAUUACAGGCUUUACUGGAAAAAAGAGCUGAAAAACAUCAAAACUGGCUUGAAGAUUGGUGGCUGAACACUGCCUACCUAGAGUACAGAGACCCUGUAACUGUAUAUUCCAGCCCAGGUCUGGUCUUUCCAUUCCAAAAGUUCAAUUCUCAACAAGAUCAAUUGAAAUAUGCCGCAAAAACUAUUUUAGCUGCUUUAGAAUACAAGUCACUGAUAGACAAUAAUAAAAUUCCCGUUGAAAUGAUGGGUAAAAGUCCUUUGGACAUGGGUCAAUAUAAGAAGAUAUUUGGUACCUGUCGUAUACCAGCGGAGAAAAGAGAUAAGCUGUCGUACAAUGACUCUCAAUACAUUACUGUCAUUCAUAACAACCAUAUAUUCCAUGUUGAUGUAUGGGGUAGUGACAAUAAGAGAUUGAAUGAAAAUCAAAUUGUUGAGGCCCUUCAAAAGGUUAUGGAUCAGUCUUCAGAGGCGACCAGUGAUUGUGUUGGUGUUCUCACAUCUGAGAAUAGGGACAAUUGGGCCAAGGCAUAUCAACUUCUAUGUAAAGAAUCAAUGAACCAGUCGUCUUUGCGUGAUGUGGAGCGUAGUCUCCUCGUGCUAUGUCUGGACAAGGUGGCCGGUCUGUGGCGCUGUAACACAGUGGACGAGCGGUUCACGCUGGCCGCCGCUCACACCAUACACGGCGCGGGGGCUGACAACAACGGAGCCAACCGCUGGUUCGAUAAGACUAUACAGUUUAUUGUCGGCGCCGACGGCAUCACUGGCCUCACUUAUGAACAUUCCCCCGCUGAAGGACAGCCCAUUGCUGUAUUAACAGACUUUCUUAUUAAAUACAUAGCAGAAAAUAAACCUCAGGACUCACCGUCGUCUAGUCCAAAGGACCCAAUCCGUCUAAACUUUAACGUUUCAUCGGAAGUUAAAGACAUGAUAAAAGCAGCAAAGCAGAAUUUAGACAAACUAGCGGCCAACUUAGAUUUGGAUUGUUUCAAAUACGACCGUUAUGGCAAAAACUUUAUUAAGUCCCAGAAAAUGAGCCCUGACAGUUAUCUGCAAAUGGCCAUGCAAUAUGCUUUUUAUAGCUUGCAUAAGACCCCUGGCGCACACUACGAAUCAGCUGCGACCCGUAUGUAUGUGGGGGGUCGUACGGAGACCAUACGAUCUUGUUCGCCGGAAUCGGUGACCUUCGCGCGGGCCAUGUUGGACCCCUCGGCUUCCGCUAAGGUCAAACUGGCCGCCAUGCAGGGAGCUAUCAAAGCGCACAAGGACUACACUGUGCAGGCGCUGCAAGGGUUCGGGGUCGAUCGACAUCUACUGGGGUUGAAGUUGACGGCGAUCGAAAAUAAUAUCGAGCUUCCGAAAUUAUAUUCCGACCCCAGCUACGUUAGAAGUGCCCACAUGAGGAUUUCUACUAGUCAGGUUGCGUGCAAAGCCGAUGGAUUCAUGUGCUACGGGCCACUCGUAGCUGACGGCUACGCGACGUGCUAUAACCCCCGGGACAACGACGUGAACUUCGCCACUUCAGCAUUCACCGCGCACCCGGAUACGGCGGCACCCCGCUACAGAGCCGCGUUGACGAAAGCCCUGCACGACAUGCACGACCUGCUUCUACAUAAUACACGAUCUAAACUGUAAUAUCAUGGCUUUCGUCGUCUUCACAUCGUAUUACGUGAUUGGAUCGCCUUAAUUAUGUAUCGAUUCAAAUUUGGCCUUUCUUUUUAAUGUAUAUGAAAGUAUUUUCUGUAUGUUGUAUAUAAAAAAAUUAUGAAUAAAUCAGGGUAUUAACAUUCUAUUGUAUGACAAUAGCUAUAAUAAAACUUGUAUUAAACUGUUUGUAGUAAAUUGAAUUUCGUUCUAAGAAUAAUAUUUCUGUAACAUGAUGUAUCUGCUAAUAUAAUGAACUGCCACAGGAAUUGCAUUGUCACGUGUAGGAUGAGUAACCAUGUAACUCUGGUCAAGGAAUUAAAAAGUAUUUGUACAGGACAGUACAGUACAGUUUUGUUUACAUAUAUAAAUACAUAUAUAAUUGUUAUUUCGGCAUCGACCUUAGAAAUUUUAUAUUCAUAAAUAUAUUUUGUGUAUGAAAAUUA